AUGGCGACGAUGGGGAGCCUGAUCGGGCUGGUGAACCGGAUCCAGCAGGCGUGCACCGUGCUCGGCGACCACGGCGGCGGCGCCGGGGGCUCGCUCUGGGAGGCGCUCCCCUCCGUCGCCGUCGUCGGAGGCCAGAGUUCCGGGAAGUCGUCGGUGCUCGAGAGCAUUGUCGGGAGGGACUUCCUGCCCCGUGGAUCUGGGAUCGUGACGAGGAGGCCUCUAGUGCUGCAGCUGCACAAGACCGAGGGCGGCCAGGAGUACGCCGAGUUCCUCCACGCCCCGCGGAAGCGCUUCUCCGACUUUGCUGCUGUUAGGAAAGAGAUUGCUGAUGAAACUGAUCGCAUGACUGGAAAAUCGAAAGCAAUAUCAAAUGUUCCUAUCCAUUUGAGUAUAUAUUCUCCACAUGUUGUUAACUUGACACUUAUUGAUCUUCCUGGACUGACAAAGGUUGCUGUAGAGGGGCAGCCAGAGUCUAUUGUGCAAGAUAUUGAAAACAUGGUCCGGACUUAUGUUGACAAGCCAAACUCUAUUAUAUUGGCUAUCUCUCCAGCAAACCAAGAUAUAGCAACAUCAGAUGCUAUCAAGCUUGCUAAGGAAGUGGAUCCUACAGGUGAAAGGACCUUUGGAGUUGUAACAAAACUUGAUUUGAUGGACAAGGGUACCAAUGCUAUUGAUGUACUCGAAGGGAGGUCAUAUCGCUUGCAGCACCCCUGGGUGGGCAUUGUCAACCGUUCACAGGCUGAUAUCAACAAAAAUGUUGACAUGCUCGCAGCACGUCGCAAAGAACAAGAGUACUUUCAAAGUAGUCCUGAUUAUGGUCAUUUGGCACAUAAAAUGGGUGCUGAGUAUCUUGCUAAGCUUCUGUCACAGCAUUUAGAGGCUGUGAUCAAAGCCAAAAUUCCAAGUAUUAUAUCAAUGAUCAACAAGACAGUUGAUGAAAUUGAAGCUGAGUUGGAUCGACUUGGUAGGCCAAUUGGAGGUGACGCUGGGGCACAAUUGUAUACGAUAUUGGACAUGUGUCGCGCAUUUGACCGUGUUUUUAAAGAGCACUUAGAUGGCGGGUAUCGACCAGGUGGAGAUCGCAUUUAUGGUGUCUUUGACCACCAGUUACCUGCAGCACUGAAAAAGCUUCCUUUUGAUAAACAUCUUUCGUUGCAAAAUGUUCGAAAAGUCAUUUCUGAGGCUGAUGGUUACCAGCCCCAUUUGAUUGCUCCUGAGCAAGGUUACAGAAGGCUUAUAGAUAGUUCACUCAGCUACUUUAGGGGCCCAGCUGAAGCUUCAGUUGAUGCGGUCCAUUUGGUAUUGAAGGAGCUAGUCCGGAGAUCGAUUGCAGCAACAGAGGAAUUAAAGCGUUUCCCAACGCUUCAAUCAGAUAUAGCUGCAGCAGCAAAUGAAAGCCUAGAAAGAUUCCGUGAGGAUGGCCGAAAGACAGUUAUUCGUCUAGUUGACAUGGAGGCCAGUUACCUAACAGUAGAGUUCUUCAGGAAACUUCCUACUGAACCAGACAAAGGAGCUAACAACAACACUCCAGCCAACGACAGAUAUCAGGACAACCAUCUUAGAAGAAUCGGAUCGAAUGUAUCAUCUUACAUCAACAUGGUUUGCGAUACAUUGAGGAACACAAUUCCGAAAGCCGUUGUGCAUUGUCAGGUGAAGGAGGCAAAAAGAAACUUGCUCAACCGUUUCUAUGCGCAUGUAGGAAGCAAAGAGAAGAAACAGCUGAGCGCGAUGCUGGACGAGGAUCCCGCGUUGAUGGAGAAGAGGGAUUCCCUCGUGAAGAAGCUGGAGCUGUACAAGUCCGCGAGGAACGAGAUCGACUCGGUUGCAUGGAAAUGA